AUGAGCGGCGACGACUUGGCGCUCGAGACGCAACUGCUGCUGCAGGGCGUGACCACGCAGCUCACCCACGUCGCACCAGUCGAGCGCGAGGCGCUGGAGAGCGAAAAGCCGCUCGUGUCCGAGUACGAGGAAGCUACGCACGCGCUCCUGGCGAAGCUGCGCAGGAAGAAAGCGGCCAACCGAUUGCAGCAGCAGCAACUCCACACGCGGCGCUUUGGGCUGUCAGCAGCGCCGUCGACUGGAGAGCCGCUGGUAUCGGAGUCUGCGCGUGAGCCGACGACGUCGAAGCUGCCCCUGUUCCUGAAGCUGCCCGUCGCCGUAUCUGCAACUGUGGCCUCCAGGAAGAAGCAACAGAUGGUGCGACAGCUGAAGACACAGGCGCUUCAACAGGGCGCACUUCACAUGGCCAAAGUGUUUGGGUACACGAGCCACGAGGAGCAUGUCAAGCAUUUGAAUAUGUUGGACGAGAAGAAGAUUCGGCAGGAUGCAGUUGAGGAGAGACGAGAGGAAGAAGAAGAGAAGAUCGAGUCGGCUGGUACAGUGGCUGAUACCGUCGAUAACGGAGAGGACACGCAGAUGUUGGAAGGAGGGAAGAAGAAGAGAAGCAGUGGCCGAGCGGACGUAGACGAGAGUGCGUCGGAGACGGAGCUUAGUCUUGCGACAAGGACAACAGAAAGUGGCGCGAAGGAGAGCGACGAGGAGAAGGAGGAGGAAGAGGGUGCGGGUGAAAAUGUACUGAGGCGACGAAACAGAGUCUUGAGUCUUGAAAAUAGUGGAGAGGAAGACGGUAAUGAGGCGGAUAGCGAGUGGGACGACCAGAAAGACGAUGCGUGUGAUGACAUUGAAGAUACUGUGUCCACGUCGAAGUCCACGAGUGAUGCACUCGAUGUAGAGAAAGCAACGGCGAAGCAUGGCAGCGAGAACAUGGUGACUGCAAAAGCAACGACACCAGCGGACAAGGCCGCUGGGUAUCGAAGCCUGCUGCGUGCAGAGGCACUUCAGAAUCGCAAGCGCAAGCGGCUGGUGUCAAGCCGCGGGAAUACAUUUGUCGAGUCAGAAGCCGAGGAAGACGACGAAGAAGAUGUCCUGAGGAUUGGCGGUCUAGGUGACUUUGGUUUUGGUGUGCCACAAAGCAAAACCCAGGAAUCCAAAGAGGCCGAAGAAGAGCGCCAUGCGCUUGUGCUACGUGAGGACGACCUCGACCACAUUGUCGAUAACCUUUCGGAUGACGAGAAAGCGCAGGAGCAAGACUUGGAGGAGAUGUUUCGUCGCGAACGUGAAGAACUGGAUCGUCAACAAGUCAAGGAAGUUAUGCGCAACGUCAAAGAGGGUUUUGGCCGCAACCGCCGCGCGUUUUCGGGUCUACCCUCCGGAUCGGGGGCCCGGGGCCGUUUCAAUCUGGAUGAGCUCGUAGCCGCCGAUGGGAGCAGAUUCGAAGCAGCCCGUCUGGGUCUGCUGGGGUCGGACGAAGAAUUGAGUGAGGAUGAAGAUGACAAAACGAAAAAGAAGACGCAGGCUCAUGGCAGCGGCGAAGAAGAGGAAGAAGAGAUUGAUGAAGAGGCUGACAUGGAGCGUAUGCUGCGCGAGCGUUUUUUGAACCAGCCCAAGAUUUACGUGACAUCGUCUGAAUCUGGCAGUGACGAGGAAGAAGAGGACGCCAAGAAAGAAAGCGCAUCGGACGGCGAUGGUAUUGAAUCCGACGAAGAGCGCGAGCGACAGCAGAUGAAACUCUUUUCGGAGCGGGCUCGGAUCAACCGCCGCAUGCAGCGCAUGAAGGACAUGCAGCGCCAGCUUGCGCUGCAGAACAACGGAGUAGACCCCACUGCAACAAGCAACACUGCAAUGCCAAACCUUUUGCUCGAGGAGGACGAAGACUCGCAAGAGCUGAUGGACUUGCUGAACCGCACGAACGUCACUUCCAGACAUGGCAGCCAAAAAGCCGUAAGUGGCAGCAACCAGAACGAGUUUCGGCCACACGCAUCCGAUCGGAAGCUCGAUCGGGGAACUUCGUACGGCGGUAUCACAUCGGCGUCCCGACCGUCGUCAUCCUUUAGCCGUGUAAUUGACCAGUGCAAGAUAUUCAGCGCCAAUUCGGGCAACGGUGCAACGCCUUCCAAGAGCUUCAUCUUCACUUCAUUUAGCUCCGGCAAAAAGGCCGACGACGUGGGUGAAGGACCGGAUCACGGCGAAACAAAAGUUACUGAGCGUCUUGAGACCAGCGAUAGCAAAGGCCGGAGUAGCGCCACGACAAUGUCGAAGCGUCGUCGUGCUCUGGAUUCCAACAACUCGGCGGUGCGUGAGAAGAAGCGCAAGAGCGGUGGGCUCUUUUCGGUGCUGUCGUCGUACCAGUGCGUUUCCAGCACAAAGCCGACGUGA